AUGAGCCGCGAAGCCAACAAAACUGACCCGGUGAAUCAAAACACAACACUCAGCCCCAGGAUCCCAGGCGGCACCGAAUUUUAUGGUGCUGUGCCGAAGCACAGUGCGACUUUUGCAUGGUCCGAGCUCUGUGCGACGCCGUCGCCGGAGGAUUCCCUCGCUCCCGUGCCGCAAAUCCCCAUGAAGACCUGGUACAAUUCGUACGUAUACGUUCCGGAAGAGGGCCAGCAGGACCGCCAGUAUUUACAACGCUUCACUCGCGGGCCGAACGGUGAGUGGAUCGACGUGGUCAAGGCUCGCAGACUCGUCGAUGCGAUGGAGGAGCGGCGGCAACAGCAGAUGCGAGAAUACAUGGAAAGGGCCAGGGCCCCACCUGAGCUCAGGGAACGGCAGCGAGGCUUUGCGAGUGUGGCUUCAUCGGAUUUUCGAACAAGGAUGAGUGGCAUAGAAGCUGGUUGGGGUGCGAUCGACGUGGGCUUCAGUGCCCUAGAGGGGACACCGGGAAGCCGGUCCGUGGGGCGCGCUGGCAUGCAAGCGGGAGACGGUAGCGAUAUCGGUCAUGGAGUCCAUCAGACUCUCUACACCGACGCGUACUCCGGAGAGCGGCUCAUUGCUUGCAAGGGAAAAUUGCAGACACGCGCAGAGAUCUUCGAUGAGUACCACAUUCGCGGGCAGGCAGUACCCGAGGACGAGCCGUUCUUUGACUUCGACAACCUUCGAUUUUCCUGGCCUUUUGCAAGGCAAUGGCGCUGCGAACAUGUUUUAACUUCCAACUCCUUAACCCAUCACAUCCCAUCACUGUAUCAGUUGCAAGUCUUUCGAGCUCCGGGCCGGCCUGGGUCGCGGGAUUCUCACAACGGUUCCUCAAUAAGAGAACUUAGGUAA